AUGAACACCAUGCGCAAGCACUGGCAGAACAAGCACAGCUGGUCGCCAUAUCCCAGCCGUGGCCGUACAGCGCCACAAAAGCGUACGGCAGCACAGGAUGAGGUGGACAGAUCAUGCCAGAAGGUGCAGUUCCAGCAGGUAUUUGCAUCGCGCAAGGGCUCCCACUACAUACAGAUCCAGACUAAGGAGACUACUGAGCACACCGGCACGCCAGACCAGAACAGAGCCAGCCAUGUCAUUGAUGAGCUGGAGCGGUUUUACCGGGAACAGCAACGGCAGACCAGCAAUGUCAUCCAGGCCGGGGAGCACGAUGAAGCCAACCCAUGGCUGCGGCGGACCAGAUGGCCGGUGUACUAUCCAACAGGUGGGGGUGGAAUGGACGUCCAUUCCAUUCAGGGCCGUAGUGGAUAUGAAAUACAACAUAUCCAAAUCAAAAGCGAUAAUUCCGCCGGGAAGGGGUUACAUUGUGGUGUCAAAGUCAAUGAGUUGAGGCAACGGAGCGGUGCAAAGCGGUGCAAGAUCAACAAAGUAAAUUAA